UUCCCCAAAUCUUAGAAACCCCCAGAAAACACACAGAGCUCAUGGCGUCCGGCAAGGAUUCGGACCGUACCUUAGGGUACAUGACCCGGAAGGAUACCGAAGUCAAGCUUCCACGCCCGACCCGGGUCAAGAACAAAACUCCCGCCCCGGUUCAAAUCACCGCCGAGCAGAUUCUAAGGGAAGCUCGCGAGCGACAAGAGGCCGAGAUCCGUCCUCCCAAACAGAAAAUCACCGACUCCACCGAGCUCUCCGACUACCGCCUCCGCCGCCGCAAGGAGUUCGAGGACCAGAUCCGCCGCGCGCGAUGGAACAUCCAGGUCUGGAUGAAGUACGCGCAGUGGGAGGAGUCCCAGAAGGACUACGCGCGCGCUCGGAGCGUGUGGGAACGCGCCAUCGAAGGCGAUUACCGUAACCACACGCUGUGGCUAAAGUACGCCGAGUUCGAGAUGAAGAACAAGUUUGUUAACAGCGCUAGAAACGUGUGGGACCGAGCCGUUACGCUCCUCCCUAGAGUUGACCAGCUCUGGUACAAGUACAUUCACAUGGAGGAGAUACUCGGAAACAUCGCGGGGGCUAGACAGAUAUUCGAGCGGUGGAUGCAGUGGUCGCCUGACCAGCAAGGUUGGUUAUCUUUUAUCAAAUUCGAGCUUAGGUAUAACGAAAUCGAACGCGCGAGAUCAAUCUACGAGAGGUUCGUGCUUUGCCAUCCCAAGGUGUCUGCGUAUAUCCGAUUUGCUAAGUUUGAGAUGAAAGGAGGUGAGGUUGCACGUGCUAGGCAAGUGUACGAGCGCGCGACUGAGAAGCUUGCGGACGAUGAGGAAGCCGAGACGCUCUUUGUGGCGUUUGCUGAGUUUGAGGAACGGUGCAAGGAGCCGGAGCGUGCUAGGUUUAUCUACAAGUUUGCUCUUGAUCAUAUCCCAAAAGGGAGAGCUGAGGAUUUGUAUAAGAAGUUUGUGGCGUUUGAGAAACAGUAUGGUGAUAAGGAAGGGAUUGAGGACGCUAUUGUUGGGAAGAGGAGGUUUCAGUAUGAAGAUGAAGUGAGGAAGAAUCCUUUGAACUAUGAUUCUUGGUUUGAUUACGUUAGGCUUGAGGAAACUGUAGGGAACAAAGAUAGGGUAAGAGAGAUCUAUGAGAGGGCUAUUGCUAAUAUUCCACCUGCUGAAGAGAAACGAUACUGGCAAAGAUACAUCUAUCUCUGGAUUAAUUAUGCAUUGUAUGAAGAGAUUGAAACUGAAGAUGUGGAGCGUACUCGAGAUGUUUACAGAGAAUGCCUCAAGCUCAUCCCCCACUCCAAAUUUUCCUUUGCCAAAAUAUGGUUGCUUGCUGCACAGUUCGAAAUCCGGCAAUUAAAUCUGGCCGGUGCUCGGCAGAUAUUAGGAAACGCUAUUGGAAAAGCUCCAAAAGAUAAGAUAUUCAAGAAAUACAUUGAGAUUGAACUCCAGCUGGGAAACAUAGAUAGGUGUAGAAAACUUUAUGAGCGGUACCUGGAGUGGUCUCCUGAGAAUUGUUAUGCUUGGAGCAAGUAUGCUGAGCUGGAGAGGUCUCUUGCUGAGACUGAACGAGCUAGAGCUAUCUUUGAGUUAGCAAUAUCUCAGCCAGCUCUUGACAUGCCCGAGCUGCUAUGGAAGGCAUACAUAGAUUUUGAGAUAGCAGAAGGAGAAUUAGAGAGGACACGAGCUUUAUAUGAGCGACUCUUGGACCGCACAAAGCAUUACAAGGUGUGGGUUAGUUUUGCAAAGUUUGAAGCUUCUGCUGCGGAACAAGAAGAAGACGAGGAAGAGGAAGACCAAGAAGAAACAGAUGCUGUUGAACGCAAGAAAGAGUGCAUCAGACGCGCCAGAGCGAUUUUCGAGAGAGCCAACAGCUACUACAAAGACUCCGCACCAGAGCUGAAAGAGGAAAGAGCUACACUCUUGGAGGAUUGGCUUAACAUGGAGACAAACUUUGGUAAUCUCGGGGACGUGAGUGUCGUACAAUCUAAGCUUCCGAAGAAGCUCAAGAAGAGAAAGCCAAUCACAAGAGAAGAUGGCUCUACAGAGUAUGAAGAAUACAUUGACUAUCUAUAUCCGGAAGAAUCACAGACAACAAAUCUCAAGAUUCUUGAAGCUGCUUUCAAAUGGAAGAAGCAGAAGCUUGCUACUUCUGAGGAGGAAUAUGAUUAACUAAAGGAAGUCUGAGUUAAUAUCAAACCUGUGAGUUAUUGUUUUGUAUUCCUUCUUAGUUCUCUGUACAUCGCCACUCAUCUCUAUGAUUUAGCAGUAAUCUUUUUAUUGUGUUAGACCUUUUGGUUUGUGUUUUUCCGGUUUAAAAAAUAUGGGAGAAACAGGGGUCUAUUCCGUUUUUUGUUUAUUGUUUUUUGAUUUUUGGGUUUGUGGAGUAGUGAGACCGAAAAGAAACUAGGCAAAAAUACGAAACGUACCUAAUCCGUAUGAAUCAAAAAUUCAAUGUGAAAAGAGGAAACUUUAAAGCCGGGGAAUGCGUUUACAGAGAAGGUUAUCCUUGUUGUGCGGUUAUAAAACAGCUGAUGGUUUAGUAAACCUUGCACCAUUUCAUCUCGUUAUGUAAGGUUCUUUAUUGAAUUGUUUGGGGUUAGUAAGAUUGAUUCUGUUUUUGUAGGUUUUAGAAGAAUUUGUCUUUUUUUUUUUGUAACUUGUAAGUAUCUAAACAGUCAGAUCUGGCUCCACUCUCCAAAACAUAUAGAGAAAAGUAAAUUGUCUGACGUGUGGUCAUAUAUAUA